AUGGAACAGCUAGGAGAUUCUAUAUAUUUUGAAGAGAAUGGAGGAGUUCCUGGUCUUUAUGUCAUCCAAUACAUACCAAGUUCCAUUAAUUGGAAACUAGGACAAGUUGUGCUUAAUGAGAAAGUUGAUCAUGUAAUUUUUCUGUCAAUCACUAAGAAUUGGAGCCCUGGUGACAUAGUAACACUUCAGCUACCAAUUACUAUAAGAACAGAUCCCAUUAAAGACGACCGGCCUGAGUACGCUUCAAUACAGGCAAUUCUUUAUGGCCCUUAUCUGCUUGUAGCUCAUAGUAGUGGUGAUUGGGACAUAAAAACUGGAUCAGCUUCAGCUAGCUCUUCUUCAGAUUGGAUAACUCCAAUCCCUUCCUCUUACAAUGAUUAUGUGGUUUGUUUCUCCCAAGACCAUGAAGACUCAACACUCAUCUUAACAAACUCAAACAAUUCAAUCACCAUGGAAAAGCUUCCUGAAUCUGGGACAGAUUCUUCUCUUAAAGCCACUUUCAGACUCAUCUUAACUGACUCACCUUCUUCAGACUUAUCCACAACCAAGGACAUGUUUGGAAAAUCAGUGAUGCUGGAGCCAUAUGAUUUUCCAAGCAUGGUUGUAGUGCAGCAAGGAGAAGAGAACGACCAUACAGUGACAGAUUCCUCCAAUGGCAAAGAUUCUUCAUCACUUUUCCACAUGCAAUCUUCUUCUACUGUCACUCACAAAGGAAGCCUCUAUGACACUGCAAUCAUUUAGCUGCUCAUCCGAAAACCACUCUCUUGGUAUGUAAGAAAGCCAAAUGAUUGGCCUUCAUGUUUGAACUUCAUAUUUGAUUUUUCUGGUUUUUUUUUUCCAAAUCUGUUUAAGUAACCAAGUACCAUAACGCAUGAUUCAUUUAAUUCAUAUCUGAUUUUUUUUAGACUUAGGUGU